UUUUUCGGAGCUCUUUUUGUAUGUUUUAAGGGUCGAGUGGCGGUCACACUUGGUGUCGAUUUGUCGAAAAUAUCAUAACAAAAACAACAUUUUUUCCGGACAAUAUGUGGUUCGAAAUCUUACCUGGCGCCGUGAUCAUCACCACGCUCCUGUCGGUGCCCAUAUACGCCAUGUACGGUCUGCAGAAGCUGACGAUCGGCAAUGCUUUCCGUCGUAACAUGGACGAACGUUUCGACCGAGUUAUGUACCAGCGCGAUUUCCGACUGACCGACAAUCCCUAUUUGAUGAACGGACUUGAACAAAUUCCCGAUGAAGAGGAAGAUAAGGAUCGAAAGGAUCCUGAAGAAGACUACGAUGUGGGCGAUGAUCCGGUACUCUUAAAGAAGAGGCAAAAAGAGCGCAAACUAAAAGAAAAACAGCUUAAGGAGGAAGAAAAACAAAUGGAAAAACAGCGCAAAGAGGAGGAAAAGCUCAGAGAAAAACAGCUCAAGGAAGAGGAAAAGCAAAAGAAAAACUAGGCCGAAACAACUAGAAAAACCAUUUUGGAUUUGCAGAUCUCGAACAGAAUAAAGAACUAUUAAUCUUUACGAAUUUAAAUUUAAA